AUGCCUUCAUUGCCUUCCAACCAGCAGCGUGCUGCUCACCACCUUCCUCAUACUGGCAUUGCUGGUCAAUCGGAAGGUACCUUUGAUACCGCCAACCCUGCUUAUAUUCGCAAGUACCUGCGGACGUACGGCCUCACGCCUCCCCGUGCCGAGAACUACGAAACCCAAAAGACACGAUGCCUGGCACAGCUCGCAUUGAAGCAAACUCCCAUCGAGAAGUACUUGUACCUCAGCACGAUCCGCAAAAACAAUGUCCACCUUUUCUACCGUUUGAUCACAGACCAUAUUCAAGAAUUGACUCCUCUCAUCUAUACCCCCGUUGUCGGUGAGGCGUGCCAGCGUUGGUCCGAGAUUUACCAGCAACCAGAAGGCAUGUACUUGAGCUACGAAGACAAGGGCAAUAUUGCCGCUGUGAUUUCUAAUUGGCCGCAACCUAAUGUUGAAAUUACCUGUAUCACCGAUGGCUCCCGCAUUCUUGGUCUCGGUGACCUGGGUAUCAAUGGUAUGGGAAUUCCUAUUGGCAAGCUUUCCCUGUACACCGCAUGCGCUGGAAUCCGUCCCGAGGCUACUCUGCCGUUGACUUUGGAUUUGGGUACUGGUAACAAGACCCUUCGCGAGGACCCCUUGUACCUGGGCAGUCGCCGCGACAAGAUCUCUGCCGAGGAGGAACAAGAGUUCCUCGAUGAGCUCAUGGCUGCCCUGACAGAGCGGUGGCCGGGCAUUGUUAUCCAGUUUGAGGAUUUCAAGAACCCUUUCCCCGCUCUGGAGCGAUACCGACACCGGUACACUUCUUUCAAUGACGACAUCCAGGGAACUGGCGCUGUCAUCCUGGGCGGAGUUAUGAAUGCCGUCAAGCGGUCUGGCAUUCAUCCCAAGGAUCAGCGUGCCGUGUUCUUCGGAGCAGGAAGUGCCGGUGUGGGUGUUGCCAAACAGAUUGUAGACUACUUUGUGCGGGAAGGGUUGACCGAAGAUGAAGCCAAAGCUUGCUUCUAUCUGGUUGACACCAAGGGACUGGUCACUGCGGAUCGCGGCGACCGUCUCGCCAACCACAAGAUUUACUUUGCCCGCAAGGACAACAACGGCCAACAAUUCAAGACAUUGGAGGAUGUCAUUGAGCACGUGAAGCCGACAAUGCUCAUGGGUCUCUCGACCAUGGGCGGCGUUUUCACCCCAGACAUUUUAAAGAAGAUGGCUGAGUGGAACGAACACCCCAUGAUUUUCCCGCUAUCGAACCCUUCAUCCAACUCAGAAUGCGAUCUUGAAACGGCCGUUACCCACACAGACGGACGCGCGCUCUUUGCUUCAGGCUCUCCGUUCCACCCCGUCACUUUCACGAACUCUGCCGGCGAAACCAAGAUCCACUACGGUGGCCAGGGCAACAACAUGUACGUGUUCCCUGGCAUUGGCCUAGGAACUAUCCUUUCCAAAUCCGUCGAAGUUACGAAUAGCAUGAUCUUCGCCUCUGGCGAGGCCCUCACGCACUGCAUGACCUCGGAAGAACUCGACAGGGGUCUGCUCUACCCGGACAUCACGAGAAUCCGGGACGUCAGCGUCGUCGUGGCACGACAUGUGAUUCGCGCCGCCCAGGACGCCAAGGUCGAUCGCGAGACGGGCAUCCAUGGACUGAGCGAUUCUGAUCUUGACGCCUGGAUUCGCGCGCGCAUGUACCAACCUCACUCAGAGGUUGCCUCGCUGGAGCGUGAAGUUGGUGCACUGCUCUCGUCCAUUGGCCGCCCUUUUCCAAAUGGUAACAGUUAUUUCCCCAAUGGACUGUCUGAUGACUCAGAUAAGAACGCCAAGCUAUAA